AUGGAGAGCGACAAAGCACCUGUUCAGAGCUCUGGCCUUGGCAUCGCUUUGCCUGCAGUGGAUGUCACGCCCGCCGAGUUAUCCGGCAACCCUUGGGUCACUAUCACCCCGGAAGCAUAUGCAGAAUCUCAUGAGAUUGGAUUCGUUGGCAUUCAUGAUGAGGGGUCUCCUGGGCCAUCCGAACAUGAAUACAGUUCUGAGGAUGAGAUGAGGCAAGACAUCUUCGAUGAAUCUCUUGUCAACGAAGCUCUUGUCGCUCUUUCCGACGAAGUUCCCGCAUUCGAUGCAAUGCUACAUCAUGAAAGAGCCUCGGACCGUGUUGCUCCAGAAUCUCGAGCUCCCUCAAUCGGUGUUUCUCAUGUCAGUCAUUCGGAGCUCGUGUUCCAGUUUCCGAACGGUAGAUCGUCGGCUUUCCUUUCCAUAGUCGAAGGUCAUGGGCAUGCCACCGCUCCAGGCAUUAUCCUCGGCGCCUCAGUUGGACCUCCUGUAAGCACUGCAGAGAGGCCUAUUGACGAUGCUCCGUUGUCCAAACUGAUGCAGGCAAUGUCGCUUGCUGUGGCGACUGGAGUGAGGGAGGGCGUCCAAAAGGCCUUGGACACAGUUGGUAAUCAGGGUGGACACAAGGGUGGACGCACUCAGUUCGGCAGUCGGGGCAAUGCCGGGCAUGGAAUACACGACCGUGUUGAUAGGAGUUCUCGAGCCGCUACAGGCUCUGGGCGCAUGGAUGUCGAUGAAGAAGAAUACUUUGGAGAUGAAGACGAGGGCGGAGAUGCAUGCGCAAUCCUGAGAAGUCAGGGGAGGAAGGGCCCUCGAGACAACAAUUUGUUCAAUGCUCGGUUUCGCGAUUAUCUGCGCAGCAGACACGUCUUGCCCAUUUCUGGUGUUCGUCCGCAAAGCGCCACUCCUGACGCUGUACAAGCGUUCGCAGAUGGAUCUGGUGACGGGCCCGAUAUCGCCGCGCCGUUGAUCGACUGGAACCACGAGUUAAGCUCGCGCUGGAACAAGGAGGUCGUCUUUCUCCUGUCGCGAGACUUCCUUCAGCGGAUCAAAUCAGGCCACGAGUCUCCCCUAGUGUUCGAUGAGGAGACUAUGUCACAGAUUGCUAUCGCUCGUUCCUGCACUAUGAAAUUGCAGCGUGUGCGAAUAGAAAUCCGUGAUGCCGGAAGACUGGACUCAGACAAGAAGAAAUCUGAGAAUGCAGCCGCAUUUCGGCGCAAUACUCGUCGCCAGGGAAUCUUCAACCGCAGAAUGGGUAUCGUCAAAGCGAAUAAGGCGAGCGAACGAUCGCUUUGGGGUGCUAUAGAAGAGGUUCUCGAGCUACUUGAUAUCGCCGGAAUGAGUUCCGAUCACACCGAUGAUGGUAUUACCCAAGACUUCAAAGUGGUCCGCCGUGCACGUUUGCUUUGGCGUCAUGACGACCUUGAAAUACUGUGCCAUGCUAUCGACACUUUUCAUGCCAUGUCUAGGAUUCCACAGUCUAGGGGAAACAGGGCCCUUCUGCGUAUAUCGCUACUAACAGUAUCAUCUCUGAAGUCUAGCCGGCAGUACGUCCGUGGGCUGCCACGAUCAUUCUAUGAUGCGCAGUGGCUGGCAUCUCUUGACAAGUCUGAAUGCCAGCAAGUAGGAUACACGAGCGCAAUCGAAAUACCUCAUUUGGCUGACUAUGUUGAUGGCUGA